CUCCAUGGUGAGAGCCUGCGCGGAAAUCAACACUUCCUUUUGUGACUGGCGGCCAAGGAGGACGCACCGCCAUGAAGGCCUCAGGCACGCUUCGGGAAUACAAGGUGGUGGGACGCUGCUUGCCCACCCCGAAGUGCCACACGCCACCACUAUACCGAAUGCGCAUCUUUGCACCAAACCAUGUGGUGGCCAAGUCCCGCUUCUGGUAUUUCGUGUCACAGCUGAAGAAGAUGAAGAAAUCAUCUGGAGAGAUAGUGUAUUGUGGACAGGUGUUUGAGAAAUCACCACUGCGUGUGAAGAACUUCGGCAUCUGGCUGCGCUAUGACUCCCGCAGCGGCACACAUAACAUGUACCGAGAGUACCGGGACCUGACCACAGCUGGUGCUGUCACACAGUGCUACCGAGACAUGGGUGCCAGACAUCGUGCCCGUGCACACUCCAUCCAGAUCAUGAAGGUGGAGGAGAUCGCAGCGGGCAAGUGCCGUCGGCCCGCUGUAAAACAGUUCCAUGACUCCAAGAUCAAGUUCCCAUUGCCUCACCGUGUACUGCGGCGCCAGCACAAGCCACGCUUCACCACCAAGAGGCCUAACACCUUCUUCUAGACCCAGAAACCCACUGAAUAAAACUCGAGUUCUGCCU